GAAACUCAUUUGAAAACUUCGGACUUAUUUGUUCAGAUCAAUAAUACCAAGGAUGCCCGAUUGAAAAAAAUGUGACAAAACCGCUUGCACAACAACUAUUUCACAGAUGAUGGCAGAGGCAGAUGUUUCUUAUGGUAUUCAAGAUGGAGACAUUGGUCCAUCUGUGUACAGAUCAACUUCAUCGGUGUAUCAAGAAACCUUUUUCAAAAACCUACAACACUUACGGCAUGACAGAACAUUUUGUGAUGUUAAUUUGCAAGUGGAAUCUCAAACAUUCCAUUGUCACAAAGUUGUCUUAAUGGCAGGAAGCACAUAUUUUCAUGCCAUGUUCGUCACAGAUAUGUCAGAACAUGGGAAAGAUGAAAUUGUACUCAGUGGUGUCAGCAAACAUAUUUUCUCCCUACUCUUGGAUUUUAUAUAUUCUGGGGAGAUUACUGUGACGGAGGACAACUGUGAAGAGUUACUCAUCUCUGCAGACAUGUUCUCUAUGUUUGAGGUGAUUGGCGCUUGUGCUGCAUUCCUGAAGAACAAACUUCAGCCAGAAAACUGCAUUGGUAUUUACCAGUUCGCUGAGACCGUGUCGUGUCGUCUGCUGCAGAAGGAUGCAGAAGGCUAUAUCAACAAAAACUUUCUCAAGGUCAGUCAGGGGGAGGAGUUCCUUGACCUUGACAAGGUCACGCUGGUCCACUUCCUGCAGAGCGAGUGUCUGCACGUGGAAAACGAGUACCAGGUUUUCAAAGCUGCAAUUGAUUGGAUAUUACACAACUCUCAGGAGAGAAGGAAACACAUAUUUGAUGUUAUGGCCCCAAUAAGGUUCCCAAUCAUAUCCGAGACCCAAUUAGAACGAUACAUCGCCUUGUUAACAGAUUCUGACCUCAGUAUUAAGGUCACACUCCAGAAAAUUGUGAGCGAUUUCCGAGCCGAGGCCAAAAAGGUCAGUGGAGAAACCGAGAAAAAGUUCUCAAAGAAACAAAACUUGAAACCCUACCACCUUGUACCAAGACAAUGCUCGAGGAAAAAUAUCUAUAUUUGUGGGGGAUUUUCACGGCCUCGAGGUGGCAGAUGGAGCGAUGCAAAGACGCUGAAUCUUGUAGAGCGAUAUGACACGUUCUAUGGCACAUGGCACGACUGUCCAGGUUUUCAGUUCAGUCGAAGUGCGUUAGGGGCAGGUGUGGUGAACAACAUGGUGUGUGUAGUGGGUGGGGAAAAUGACAUGCUCAUUCUUGACUCUGUGGAGACAUAUGAUCCAGUGACGUACGAGUGGACCACCCUUGCUGGGCUGACCACACCAAGGUGUGGUCUGGGUGUAUGCACCAUCGACAACUGUAUGUAUGCUGUGGGUGGCUGGGUAGGCUCUGAGAUAGGGGCCACCGUAGAGAAGUACGACCCAGAGGAGAAGUGCUGGAGGGUGAUAGCUCACACUAGGUCACUGAGAUGUUGGAUGGGAUGUGUGGGAGAUAAUGGUUUGAUGUACAUCGUUGGCGGCUGCAAUGAUCUGGGUGAUGAGCUCACCUCUGUAGAGAGCUUUAAUCCGGUCACCAAGGAGUGGGCAACUCUGCCCGACCUGAAGACCAAGAGAUCUUACACCGCAGUUGCGGUUCUUGAUGACUGCCUGUACGCUGUUGGUGGGUGGAAUGAAACUGAUGGAGCUCUUAAUAGUGUGGAGAAACUGGACCUUGCAAAGGGCUACUGGGUGGAGGUGGCGCCCAUGCUCAGUGAACGGGCAGGGGCCUGCGUGGUCGUGGUUAACAACAUGCUGUACGUGAUGGGUGGCCGCAACUAUGAGGACGAGUUCACAGCGCCCUCUACCCUGGAGACGAUGGAAGGUUACAAUCCAGUAACUGAUACAUGGGCCUAUGUGGGUACAAUGCUGAGCAGUCGCUGUGAGGCAGCAGCUGUGUGCAUUUGAGAGACUCGGCUGAAAUCUCUGUGAUACUCAAAAACCCAGUCUGUUUCAGAUGACAUGUUUUUCAUUCAAGCAAUAUAUUACUGUGUCAUUCGUUAAAUAUCGGCGUAUAUUUAGAUUUAUAGUGCAUUUGCAAUCAUUUGAGAGAUGUACACAUUGCUUUGUAAUACAAAGCAUGCUGAGCAAUUGACCAGUCGCCAAAUGCGAGAUCGCUCCGCCCACUAAGUUGUGUUUUCAUAAAAUGCUUUAUCCAUUACUCCGACAGUCUUUGUUUGUCGGACCAUGUGGCAGCAAUAAACGAAAUCUGAUUGAUUACAUUGUGAGUUUGAUUGACAGCUGGCGACUGGUCAAUUCAACUAGCGACAUAACCCUUUACAAUUUAGAUACGUUUUUUACGCAUUUGUAGUACCUCAGAAAGUUAAAUUUAAUGAAAGAUCUUUCUUACUAGAUUCCAGUUUUAAGGGCUUCAUUUCCAUCCCUUAGAUACAGAUGAGCAGAAAACAGCAUAAAACCUGAACAGUUACUCGCAGGCUGUUCUGGUUUUAUGCUGGAUGCAAAAGCCAUUUUCAGUUUGCUUCUUAUGGGGGAAAGGGAUUGUCUUUCUUACCUAAUAGUUAAUUCCUAUUUUUGAAUGUUAUGUUUUAUAAAGACAAAUACUGAAGAUAUACAAAAACAAUGUUGGUGUACCUUUGGAGCGCAGUCAAUGUAAGGAUGGAAACUUGAGGCUUUUAUAUAAUUUUUUGUUUUAAGAAAUUCUAUUCUAAACAAAAACACAGUCUAGGAAAAAAUUGCAAAUGCAUUAAACCCUUUUUUACCAAAGCGCAGCUCAUAUGUAUAUUUAUAAUUUAAAAGAUCAUGUUUCUCAGUGUCCAAACUUGCGUGAACAAGAAUAGUGACUUGCAUCAAAGAGUUAAUCCUGAUUUUUUAGAGAGGAGCUCAAAUUGAAUACCUUUUUACAUUAUCAGCAACUGCCUCUGAGAUCAUAUAAUCAGCCAUCACACUUUAAUUUCGUUUCAUUCCAUUUUAUUUUACUUUUUCAUAUAUAUUGAUUAAAUUAUAUACUUUUCUGAGCAAGAUAUUAUUUUGUGGUAGCAAGUGCAGGUUUUAUGUAAUGUUUAUCUUUCCAUUACAUGAAAAGGGAUAAACGAACAAUAUAACUUAAUAGAAUCUAUUUGUUACAUUUCAUAAACUCACGUAAUUGCUUAUAGAGUGACAUACAUGUGAAAGUUUAAAGUAUGUAUUAUUAUGAUUAAUUCAUAUGCGUUUAUUUAUUACUCGGCUUAAGUACGGCUUUUAUGUUGAGUUGUAUUUUGCAUACAAAUAUGUUUCAAUUAUUUGUUUGUACUAGUCUGAUUGUUGUAGUGUACUUGACUUCACUAUUUAACCCUUUCAGUGCGGGAACCGAAUUUUAAAGGCCUUUGCAAACAGUUUGGAUCCAGAUGAGAUGCCACAGAACGUGGCGUCUCAUCAGGAUCCAAACUGUUUGCUAUUCUGAUAGUAUUCUUUGAAAAAAAUCGAAGAAAAUGCUAAUUUUAGAAAUUCUGCAGACGACAUUUUAGCAGACGACAAAUUUCCCAGCAUGCAAAGGGUUAAUUAUAAAUUGAGCCUUGUUCUAGAAAAUAGGGCUUAAUGCAUGUGUUCCCACAUUAGCCUGUGCAGCUAACCAGGCUAUUCAGUGACGAAACUUUCCGCUUUGAGCGAAUUUUUUGUUCAAGGCAGUCUCUUCUAACCAAAAAUCUAGUUGAUGGGGAAAGUGUCAUCCCUGAUUAUUAUUCUGUGUGGACUGCUCAGCCUAAUUUGGGACAACAGAUUACGCACAUGCAUUAAACACAGUUUUUACACUACCAGAUGCUAGUGUCUUGAUUUUUUCUGGCAAUUACUCUUCAAAAUAACUUAUUUUUAGGUGUUAUGAGAUACAUAUCAGAUAUUAUGCAUACUAUUAAUUUGGGUGUUACUGUUAUUAAACUAUUUGAUUUGUUUAUUGCUAACUAUCACAUAGACAUUUUUUGUUUUAAUCGAAAUUAUUAUGCUAAUAAACUUUUAACUGGU